AUGAACGGGGACGAGCCUAGAGAGAUGACCAGCCGAUUCUACGUUUCCAACUUGCACUGCCAAGGAUGUGUUGAGAAUAUCACAAAUCUGUUGAGGGGCCGUCACGAUGGCUUGCUCGCCGUUAUGUGCUCGCUCGAAUCCAAGACUGUCUCUGUCGUUCAUCCCGCAGACUUUAGCCCAGAUAUCAUAUCCGAGGAGUUGACCAGCUGUGGCUACAACACUGUUGUUUCAUCAGGGCUGCUUGCUUUGAUAUCGUCACGACUUCUCCAAAAUCUCCAGGCUCGUCUGUACUCCCAUGAGAAAAAAGGAGCGGAGAAUCUUGGGCUUUGCGAGGCGUGUCGCCAGAGGGCCAGCGAGACGACAACAACUGUCUCUCGGUCUGUGAAAGAUGGCGAACAACUCACUACCUUCGCCCCCACAGGGCUGACCGCUUCGUCCCAUUCUGCACCCGAGAAGACACAACAUUCUGCUCUUCGGGGAGUUCAACCAUCUUCUCCUUCCGGUGAGCGGUUCCGGGCGUUGCUUUCCAUCACUGGAAUGACGUGCAGCGCCUGCGUUCGCGCUAUCACCGAAGCGCUCGAAGCGAAGCCGUACGUGCUCAAAGCAAAUGUCGUCCUUCUCGCCAGCUCCGCAACUGUGGAUUUCGAAGGACCUGGUCGUGCGGAGCCGCUGAAGGAGCUGAUUGAGGAGCUGGGAUAUGGCGCCGUGGUAGAGGAAAUCUCGUUGUGCUCAUCGCGCCAAGCUGGCAAAGCAAAGCUGAAAGCGCAGUUGUGGAAGGCUACCUUCGCAAUCGAUGGGAUGACCGACAGUUCCUCCGCCGUGAAUAUCACCGAUGCUUUAGAACAUGAAUCCUGGGUAAAGAAGGCGGAAGUCGUUCCCGAAGGCGAGAGAGUUGCGAUUGAAUUCGAGAACAAGAGCAACGUCUUGGAGAUAUCAACCAUCAUCAAGUCCAUCGAAGGCAUUCAACAUGUGGUGUUAGUCGACUUAGCAAGAGUAGGAGAUUCAGACGCUAAAACAACACCUCGCAACGUGUCUAUCCUCAUCGACGGAAUUGCAGAUGAGCAAACUGUGAGGCAUAUUCUUGCCGCGCUAACAGCUUUAGAUCAUCCCAUUACUGUCUCCAAACAACCAACGAUCCAAGAGCCAACAAUCACAGUCAGCUACGAACCGGAAGCGCCGUAUUUCACGAUUCGCCAUAUUCUUGCUGCGAUCGAAUCUGUAGAUCAGACUCUGAGAGCAAACAUCUACCAUCCGCCAACGCUCGAAGAACGGGCCCGAGCUAUGCACGCCCGUGAACGGCUACAUAUCAUCUAUCGCGUAGUUCUCUCUAUCUUGGCGGCUAUACCCUCCUUUCUCAUCGGUAUCCUCUUCAUGGGUCUUGUGUCGAGCAGAAACAGUGUUCGACUGUACCUUAUGCAGGAGUGGGCAAACGUUAGUCGUGCACAAUGGGCUUUGUUCAUCAUAUCCACGCCCGUCUAUUUCUUUGCGUCAGAUGUAUUUCAUCGUCGCGCAGUGAAGGAGCUCAUCGCCCUUUGGCGUCCUGGAAGCUCGACUCCCCUGGUCCGCCGAUUCUACCGCUUCGGGAGCAUGAACCUCCUCAUGUCUCUGGGAACAUCGAUCGCUUAUUUCGCAUCCAUUGCGGAGCUUGUUAUUACAUCUCGACAGCCCCGGACCAAGCAUCGAAUUACAAACCACCAAUCGUUCUAUUUCGACUCAGUUGUCUUUCUCACGUUGUUUCUAUUGAUUGGACGUCUGAUCGAAGCAUGGAGUCGUGCCAAGACGGCAGAUGCUGUGGCGAGUCUGGGUCAGCUCCGUCCCGCAAACGCAAUUGUCUGCAACUCAACGCAGCGAGACAAAACCUUGCCAGAUGCUUCAUUUGCAAUACAAGUGGACGAAAUAGAGCCCGGAGAUGUCGUCGUAGUACCCCAUGGCGCCUCCCCGCCAUGCGACGGUAUUCUGCUUGACGAUCACGGAAGCUUUGAUGAGUCAAGCCUUACAGGCGAGGCAAGAUUGAUAGAUAAACGCCUUGGGGACGAAGUAUUCUCUGGAACCACAAAUAAGGGGCCGCCAGUCAUCAUUCGCGCGACCAAAAUUUUGGGAACGUCGAUGCUUGAUCAAAUCAUCCAAGUUGUUCGAGAGGGACAGGCACGACGCGCUCCUGUGGAAAGAAUUGGGGACGUAAUCACAAGCUACUUUGUUCCUGUCAUCACUGCAAUAUCGGUUUCUACUUGGAUGGUUUGGCUCGUGCUGGGUGAAGCUGGUAUCCUUCCUCGCAGUUGGCUCGAUGUGCAAUCUGGGGGCUGGCCUUACUGGUCACUGCAAUUCUCUAUCGCCGUUUUCAUCAUUGCCUGUCCGUGUGGAUUUGGUUUAGCGGCACCAACCGCAAUGUUUGUUGGCGGGGGAGUCGCAGCAAAGGCUGGUAUUCUAGCAAAAGGAGGUGGCGCUGCCUUCCAGGAAGCCAGCAUGUUAGACAUCGUCGUGUUCGACAAGACAGGGACGCUCACAGAAGGAGGCAACCCAUCAGUAUCAGAUUGGAAAGGCACGACGGCAUCGUCUUCUCCGGAAAUUGAUUCCACACUUUUGUUCAGCCUGAUCAGAACGACGGAAGAAAAGAGUAGCCACCCUAUAGCCGCGGCUAUCGUCAAAUUUCUGAAGGGUAAGGGUUCAAAUGAUAUCCAUUCAACUUCGGUAGAAGAGCUACCUGGAAGAGGCAUGAAGGGCUUAUAUACCAGCAAUAAAUUUUCCGGCAAGUCGUACAUGGUCUUGAUCGGCAACGAAAGACUCAUGUCCGAGAAUCAUGUCUUAGUGGAUAACGGCACUAAGGAGACACUGAACGCAUGGAAGGUCCAGGGGAAGUCUGUCGUCCUAGUAGCUGUCAGAGUUACCGACAUAGAAACGUCAAUUCUCGGUAGCCUCGAACUCCGCGUCAUUGCAGCGGUAACAGAUGUGAUACGCCCGGAGUCUAAAGGUGUCAUUAAGAGUCUACAAGACCAGGGUAUGGAAACAUGGAUGAUUUCCGGUGAUAACGAAACCACGGCACAAGCUGUGGGGAAGAUGGUCGGGAUAUGUCCAGAUAGGAUUAUUGCGGGCGUUCUUCCCGAGCAGAAGGCAGAAAAGAUCCAGUACCUACAGCGAUGUCCGGCAAAGUCAAAUGAUGGUUGGUUAUUAGGUCCGGGUGCCUCCAAAAAUACCACACGGCGAGCAAUAGUAGCAAUGGUUGGGGACGGGGUGAACGAUUCUCCAGCGUUGGCUGUUGCCGACGUGGGUAUAGCAAUUGGGUCUGGGUCCGAUGUAGCUAUUUCAUCCGCCGACUUCGUGCUCAUGUCUUCGGAUCUAUCUGCUGUCGUGGUUCUCGUGCAGCUCAGCCGUGCCGUCUUCCGGCGUAUCAAGUUCAACUUCGGGUGGGCACUGGUGUACAACCUCAUCGCCCUCCCUAUAGCUGCCGGCGUGCUCUAUCCCAUACCGAGGAGCGCAGGUCAUAUCCGAUUGGAUCCGGUAUGGGCGAGCCUAGCCAUGGCCCUGAGCAGCAUUAGCGUUGUCACGAGCAGCCUAGCUUUAAAGACUACACUGCCGUACGUCGGGUUCCGAAAACGCAGUGUCCAUCAGUAAAGGUAUGAUGAACAUGAGCUUUGGUUACUAAAGGAAAAGUGGAGCAUCCAUCUGACAAUCUGCCGUGGCUACAUCAUGAGGAUUCAAGCCUCGCGUUGACAAUGCAUCUACGCAUGAACUCAAGAAUAUUGUGCUGUUUAUCGUCGUUGUAGAUUGUGGCAUGCUCUGGUGUAGCUGUUCGGCUCUCAACAAGAUUUUACAACUCCAGCUUCGAGAGUACGGGAGACUUUUGUGCAAUGAAUUGACUCCGCCAAACGUUUUAGAUCAAGGCAUAAUCUAACCCGAUAUCGCAAAUAGUUUGGAUCUAAGAUUCGGGGAUAUCAAUCUAGCAGUUUUGCC